AUGCUUCAAGUUGCGUCGGAACUUUUAGUAACUAAAGUAGUUUCAUGGAGAAAAUUGUUCCCUGAUGAUAACUGGAGGGUAUGGAUUUUGGCAUUAAUUGCGACUUUGUUCAUUGUCUCUGGCACAAAGGCUUAUCUUAAUCAAAGGAGAAAGACAAAUAUGCUUUGGAAAAUACCAGGAUGCAAUGUAAAUUACUUUUUCUUGUAUUUGGCGAUAGCUAAAUCAAUAAUCCUUAACAAUAUGAUAAAGACAAAUAUCUUAUCAUUCCAAGUUCUGUGUGGCAGUACAAAAUUGUUCUACAAAGAAAAGCUAUGGCGAAUGUGGAUUGGACUAAAACCAGUAGUUGUUUUAUUUAAGCCAGAAACUGUCGAAGUAAUCCUGAACAGCAAUACAGUCCUUAAAAAGACAUUUAUGUAUGAAUUUUUGAACUAUUGGUUCAAAGAAGGCCUCAUAACAAGUGAGGGCUCAAAGUGGAGAAUAAGAAGGAAAUUACUGACACCUGCUUUUCAUUUUCGUAUUUUGAGUGACUUCCAACCAGUGAUUGAUGAACAGUCGAGAAUUUUAGCUCAAGUAUUAGAAGAAAAGAAAAGCGAGAUUUUUGACAUCGUUCAACCAGUCACGCUUUGCACACUUGAUAUAUUGUGCGAAACUGCAAUGGGUAUUAAAAUAGGAGCACAAAGGAAAAAUUCUGAGUACAUUGAAGCUUUAAAAGUUGCAUCUGAGCAAUUUUCGGAUCGCGUUAUGAAGCCAUGGGUUUGGUCUGAUUUUAUUUAUUACCUUACUGCAGAUGGGCGAAGUUACAAGAAAAAUGUCGAAGCUAUGCUCCAGUUCACAUCAUCGGUCAUUAGAAAGCGAAAGCAGGAGUUGUUGGAGCAGAGAAAGGAGUGCGGGGAGGGGAAGGAGACCUUCUCCGCUGACAUCGAAACAAAGAAAAGGAAGGCCUUCCUAGAUCUUCUGCUUGACCUUCACAUCAAAGACAAUAUCUUAAGUGAAAGGGAUAUCAGGGAGGAAGUGGAUACAUUUAUGUUCGCUGGUCAUGACACAACAGCGAUGGGAAUCAGCUGGGCCUUGUACAACAUUGGUCUAAGACCUGAUAUCCAAGAAAAUAUUCAUAAUGAAUUAGAUCGAAUAUUCGGAGGAGACGAAAAUCGUCCAAUAACCACUGACGAUGUCAGAGAGAUGAAAUACCUGGAAUGUGUGUUAAAGGAAAGUCAGAGGCUAUACCCUUCACUUCCUGUAAUUGGGAGAGAAUUAGAAGAAGAUAUCGUUGUUGAUGGCUACACCGUUCCCGCAGGCACAACCUGUAUGCUGGCUACAUUCAUGCUCCAUCGAAAUCCGGAGGUGUUCCCGAAUCCGGAAGUUUUCGAUCCGGAACGUUUUCUGCCGGAAAACUGUGUUGGAAGGCAUCCGUUUGCUUAUGUCCCGUUCUCGGCUGGACCGAGAAAUUGCAUUGGACAACGGUUCGCACUGCUGGAAGAGAAAAUUGUUGUUGCCAACAUUCUGAGGAAAUUCUCGAUACAAACGAUCGACAACAGAGAUAAAUUACGACUUACUGCUGAAAUGGUUCUCCGGAAUGACGGUGCACUGCGAAUUCAAGUGAAGAGAAGACUCAUUUCAUUGUAA